AUGGGCUGUGGUGGAUCUAAGAAAAGCAAUAGAGUUUCAGAACCUCAUAAACUUGCAGGCUCAAAAGAUAAGCCAUCUGGUCUGACUCCAAGAAAUGGUCAAAAUAUAGGUACCCAACAAUCUUUAUCCGAUUCUUUAGGAAGAAAUGUCAUUACAGCUAACCAAAAGCCACAGGAUAAGCCAGCUGCGCCUCCAAGGGUAAAAGAUCCAAAUUCCCCACCUAAAAAAUCUUCUAAAGCUUCAGAAGUAAAACCUCAAGAAAAAGUAUCGAAACCUCCAGAGAUUAAAAAUCCAGAACCAAGUAGUCAUCAGCCAAAUCCUAGUAAUAUUCAAAAAACUAAAGAAGACUUAAAAUCUGCUGUAUUAGAAAACACGGAAAUCAAGCCUAUCCAAAAAAAUAAUUCACUCAAAUCACUCGAGCCGAGGAAAAGUGAAGGUACUUUGAAGCUUGAAGAAUCAAAGUCACAAAAAAUCCUAGCUUUUCCCCAUCCAUAAAUUGAGUCAAUGUUUGCUUGCUCAUAGAUAACGGUUAUUUUUGUUAAAAUUUUAUCUAUUUAAAAAGAAUUUUCCAUCUACAAAUAUGAGAAGGUAAAAAAUUAUUUUUAUAUUUUACAAUUAUGUUCUAGAAUGCAAAUUUAUAAAUAUAAUGAAUUAGAGAUCUUAUCAUAAUAUUAUGAUUAUUAUCAUUUUGAUAAAUAAAUUUUUUUUGCCCGCUAUUAGAGGCUAAAGGUUUUGCUCAUAACUAAGGGGAGUAAGAAACCCAUCGCAGCAAAAACUAGAAAGGCUGAAAUCCCCUGCAUCUGAUGCUGAAAUUAUCCAAAGUCAAAGCUUAGUUGACUUCAAGCCUCCCACAACUUAUAACAAAGUAAUUUGGGCAAAGCAAAAGGUAAUUGCUAACGAGCGUCACAAGCCUGCAGUUUCAUUCAACGUAGUAAUCAAUGGAGCUACAGAAAAACUGACCUUCAACGAUUUCCCUAUAACUCACAUAAAAUCCAAAAAUAUUCCCAAAGUCGUAGACUGUAUUGCUUAUAUUUAUAAAACCCCAGAAGAUAUCGAAGAAAUCAGAAAAAUCAAUACUGAAUUCAGAUAUGUAUGGAGCCAAGCCGUUAUCUGUGAAAGCGAGCAGCUUAUGUUGGACGUAGAGCCAUUAUCUGAUGAAAUUGGGAUCGCAAUUGUUAAUAGCAUGGACGAUUUUAUGAGAAAGGUGUAUAAUGAUGAUAGAAAACUUUAUAUUUUAUUGAAAGAAGUGUUCAUGAAAAUUGAUAAGGAUGGAAGUGGAUAUAUCGACAUGAGUGAGCUUGCAUCAGCAACUGAGCAGCUUGGAGAAAACCCAAAUCAAAGUGAAAUUCAAAAUGCAAUGCAAGAAAUGGAUCUUAACCGUGAUGGAAAAAUAAAUUUCCAAGAAUUUGUGUAUUGGUGGAAAAGAGGACGCCAAGGAGCAAUUUCUAUACAAAAAAUGGCUGGAAGCAUUGCCAGUAGGUUUGCUGCAAAUGUUCCUGGGUCUUUGGACCUGCUGAGAAAUAUUGGAAUUGGUAAACGUACUAUUGACAAAACUUAUUAUACAAAAGAAAUUUCGGUUAGAGUUGGCAAAGAUUUUGCUGACCCUAGCUUCCCUCCCACAAGUGAGCAAAUUUUUUUAGUCCCUAAUGAAGUGUUUAUUUUUAUUUUAUUUUUUCUAAUUUUUUAUAUAUAAAAAAAUUUUGUAUUAAAAGUUAUUUUACGUUUUAGAAUAUUAUUUAAUAAAAUAUGAUCAAAAACUUUAUAUAGCGCUGAAAGCGCAGACAUUUUCCCAGGAGCUUUCCAAGUUCGUCGGACCAAAUCGCUUUUUGGUCCGACCAAGGCAUUGAUUUGGUGCAACCAACCGAUAAAUUCCGAUCAGAAUUUAUCGGCCUUACAGCGCCAAACAUAGGAAACUUCUAUAGUUAGAGAUUUCGAUAUAAUAAUUAUCACAUAUAUAUCAAAUGAUUUUAUAUAAAAAAUAAUUGGCUUGCCCAUUGAAGGAAAUUUCCUAAAAGAUGGAUUUUCCUAUUGUUUUGCUCACUUACUGAAGGGAUAAGCUAAAUGUCCACCUAAUGCUUGGGAAAAGUGCUAAAAGAGAGCAAAUAUUGCAGGAAGCUAACCAAGCGUUGUCUUUUAAUAUGCGUGAAAGUUGGAUUGCAGUUGCAUUUACAACUAAACAAGGAAACGCCUCCUCAGCUCACUCACAGUUGGCUCAAGAAACUAGCAAAACUGCACUGAGCUCCUUCCUGGCUUCCGCUUAUGAUGGAAACUCUCUACAAAACUCCAUUGGUGCAAGUGCCCAAGCAGUUGGGAACAAAGUAUUUGUCGGUGCUUGGAUUGAUCUGAAUAAUGAAAAAUUUGGCAUGAUCCAUGACCACAUUUCUUUAUUUGAAAAAGUAUUCCGAUCCCCAGUCGAUGAUUAUUUGGACUUGUCAUUGCAGUUCAAAAAUGGGAUAAAAAAUUUGCAAUCUAAUGAAAUGACUAGCAAUGAUUUGCUAUUUGAAGCAUUUCGAUUGAAAAUCACCUACGUACACUGGGUGAAAUUUUUAGAAAUGAUAAUGACUUUGCAGAAUAAAUGUGAUAUCUCGACUGGUGUUUUCCCAUUAUCUUUUCUACUGAUGUCAGGAAAUAUAGAGAUGAGCUUUAAAAGUGUAAGUGAUAUCCCAAGGGCAUUUUUCCCAGAUCAGAGCGGGGGAACGACUCAAGCAUGCGAUGUGCUAAAUUCGAUAAAGCAGAUAAUGAAAGCUUACAUUGUGGACACACCUUAUAUGGUAAACGUUACCAAAGAAAUAAUUGAUAAUUUUGAACAGAAAAUUGAAAUUAUUUUUAGAUUCAAUAACUUGGGAUUGAAACUAGAAAUCAACGCUGAUGGGCUAAGUGAGUUUUACCAAGCUCUAAUUAGUGGGUAA